GUCCCUGUCGUCAAGGAACUGCUUCUUCGGUUGCUAUCACGGACAGACUCACCUAGAAAAGUGACAACUUACCCGGGUUAUUUCUUACUUUCUACAACGACCAAAUAUGUUGUCAUUCUUAAGGAGAAGUUGCUGCGAUGUUGAUUCGAACAUUUCGCCGAAAAUGGUUGAAUGAGUUAGAACCGAGUACGGCUCACGUUAAGUUAGCUAAAAAAACACCCAACAAGCUAAGUUAGCAGCUGUGCUGGGCGUUGAACCUGCAUGUCUGCCCGGUCUCAGCAAGGAUCAGCAGCCUGGGAGGAUGCAAGUUCUUCAGGACAACUUCUUCUACCACUCAAGUUCGAGGCUGGGAGCUGAUGGACGCCUCGAAGAUGAGAGACAAUUUUUGGUUGAAGAGCAGAAGUUAUGCAGAGUCCGAGCUCGCAAGUUCUCUCUGGAAACCAACCGACGCAGGAAGGCUUUGGAGGAAAAACGGAAGCAGUGGGACGUGCAGGAGCAACGGCUCAGAGAGAACAUCCUACAGCAACGCAGGCAGCGAGUGCAGAAUGCAACUGAGCGCUUCCAAAGAGCCCAUCUACCUCCUUCUCAGAGAUACAGACAAUGUUUAAGACGAAAUGUACGGAAUAUUGAAGACGCACUCAGUCAAAUUCAAGGCACCUUAAAUUCAUACGCUCAGCAGUCCUGUUUCUUGUCCAGCAACUCUAACAUUAGCAGGAGCUGCACUCCCUCUCCUAAGCCUCCCUCCAGAAACUCCCACCACCAAGCACUCUCUGCUGUUGAGGCCUACACGAAAUUGCUUCAGGAGCAGAGCAUGACUUGCUUCAAGAGCAGUCAACAAACCAAAGAAACACAAGAGAAACAACAAGAUCACAGUCCACAGGACAGCUACCUGUCUGAUUGCUGUAAUUCUGAAAGCCUUUCAAGUAAGGACAGUUUGGAAAAUGAGGACCCCAACCACAGCACAAAAAAUCUACAGUCUUCCUAUUCACCAUUCUUGCUUGACUCAGAAAAUCCCCAUCCAGACCUGAGAAAGCAAAAUGAUUUGUGUCCAGCAUCAGACUUAACUUCUUUCUCAGCGAUGAUGUGUUGUGCUGAUAACUUACCCCAAUCAAGAAAACAACAUGAAUCAAAGCAGAAAAAACAAGAGGACUCUGAAAGGCCUGAUAAUAAGAUGCAUGUUUCUAAAGCUCCUUGGGUGUUCACAUCUGUUGAGAAAACACCUAAAACAGAGGUCCAGCCUGCUCUGCACAACUGCAACCAAUUAAGUCUUUGUGAAAUUAUUAGUGCAGACCCAGAGCACUUUGAGGUACACUCCCUGCAAAACAGUCCCAAUGACAACAUCAUUGUUACAAAUAGAGUUGUUCCCAGCAACAGUGCACUUCAGUCUUCAUAUCCGAAACAAGAGGCUUUGUUGGAUCUCAGGCAGCAGACGGCCCAUGAUGACAAAAAAUUAAAACAUCCAUCAGCUACAGAAAUUCUUUUUCCUGUCAAAAAUGGCAACAGCAAAGAAGUUUUGUUUGGGGCUCCCCCAAAGCCAAAUAUUUUCUUGAACGAUAGCACAACAGAUAAUACCCCGCGAGAAGGAACUCUUCAGCAAACAGGAAAAGAAAACCACUAUCUGUCAUCCCAGAAAGAGACUAGUGCUUCCAUAAACAACCUCAAUAAGGUUUCAAAGUCAGAGCCCAACACUGAGAAGCCCAUUAAUACAACAUCGCUGCAACACCCAUGCUUGUCUAACAUUCAAUCAGACACUCUUAAGUGCCUUAAGUGUCCUGUGGAGGAAGUACAAAAAUUGCCUAUUUCACUGGGGACAUCUCAUUCAGUAUGUGAAGUCAGAUUCAUUAAAGGAAUCCUUAAAAAGCAGUCCAAAUAUAUGUCCGGAGAUACCACAUGUGUGUAUGACUCAGGACAUUUAAUCUUUGCAAAACAAGUAGCUUUAGCGAUCAGAGAUAGUGUUGAAUUGACUAGGGAAAAGACUAAGGAUGUGGAGAGCAACAACACUGUCAAAAAGAAGCUGCGUUGGUUUGAUGAGGUACACAUGGAAAAAGAGGACAAAGAACAAAACAUAAUGAAACAGAUGAAAGGCAAGUCUUCCAUAAUUUCUCAGUUAAAUAACAACUCAGAGGACCACCAGCUAAGUCUUACUACAGUCUCUGGGGCUUCCAAGCCUGGACCCAGCAUGACCCCUCCAGCCUCCACUGGUUAUCACUUUACAAAGCAAGCGUGGGCAGAUGUUGGGGUUCAAGUCAGCUUGCCCCAAGAACAAGCAGACGAGGUCAAAGCACCAGGGAGCAGUACCAGGACUGGUGGCCCGAAGGUCCCUUGGAGAGACCGCUCUGCCAAAGCUGGAGGGGGUCCUGUUUCCUCGCGGGCUAGAAAGGGCACUGUCAUACGACCUCAAUCUGCCACUGAGGUGAGUCAGAUUGCCAAAGCCCAAGGGAAGAUCAUGGUGCCCCGCCCACCUCCCAGGAUGGAAUCCGUGGAAGAAAAGACCCCGCACAUCACUAAGACUCCAUAUGGCAUGGAUCAUGCAAGUGUCAACUGUAAACAAACUCUGGAGCAGGUCCUGCUCAAGGACAACGCAGAAGGCUUUUUCUCACCUUACACACAUCAUGUAAUCAGAACAGAUAGUUCUGUUUUGUACACACCACUGCCACCCUCGUGUACCUGCCCCGUGUCAGAGGAGCUCAAGAAGGGCACGCCCAGCUCAGGUCAUCAGGAACCUCAGGGCUGCAGUAAAAGAAGAGGGAUGGUUUAUGAUGAAAAAAGCCUCUGUUUAGAUUGCACUCCCACAGAUCAGGAGAUCUCACAGCUCUGGCACGGUGUCCGCAGUGCCUUAGCCACCAAGGAUGAAAAACCCAUCCUCAGAAGACAGGCCCCGGAGAGUGGGCGUGUUGUGAGGAAACAAUGCGUGGAGCAAAGCCGACAGCCUCCUGGCUCAGGGAACAGACGGUUUCCUCAGCCUUCUCAGCCAACAAAAAAAACCACAGAGCCAGUCAGACCGUUUUCCAGUACUUAUGACAUGGCCUUUACAGAUGAAGGUUUGCAGAGUACAGCACAGAUACACCUGGCUGAAGUACAUGAAGGCCUACUGGAAGAAAGGGAUAUUGUGGCUGCCAUGGAUACAGCUCAAACACAGAGGACUGGAACGGUGCAACAGCGCAGCCAACAGCGGGCACACACCACCAUUUCCUUGGAAGAGCAGAAAAUCCUCCUAUCCCUGGACAGACUCAACCACCAGCUGUACUGUGUACGGGAACAUGUUGGUGGUUAUACUGGCACGCGUGCACCCUCUACAAGGGAAGUGAAAGUCACAAACCAUCACAAGCACCGUGCAUCCUCAGCUAACAACCGCUCUCGAUACCAGAAGAAAUUUUGACUGAAGUAUGUGUGGUCCACAGCGGUCUCUCCCAUCAGUGCACAAUCCCUGUGUCAUACUGUAUAACCAACCACUUUCUUACCCUGUAAAACUAAAUAUGCCCACUGGAGUAACUUCAAGAUCUAAGAGAUCAGAAGCAAUCGACUGUGGAGACAGUCAGGCCUAACUAAAUUUUUAAGUUGUUAAGUUGGAAAUACUUUUGAAUUCAUCUGCAUGGACAAGAAUACAAAAAAUAGCUUCUUUUAGCUUUUGUUGAGCCACGUAUUACUAAGAUAACAAAUUAUUAGAAAUUUAUAUCGACUUUGUUUUAAUUUCACAAAUGAAAAAUGGCCCUUCUUCUUGUAAUUGACACAUGACCAGAAACAAUUGCAAAAAUACACUGUAGAUUUUUAUAAGAUUCUUUUUUUAUUUUAAAAGAUUUCUCAUUCUGUAUUUAUUUUAUGUAUUAAAAACUAUAUUUGAGGGGAACUAUUUUGAGACCAUAUUGACAUGAACUGAAUAAAGCUUGAUAUCAAUGUACUGAUAAA